AUUUGAAAACAUGUCUUUCAAUCUAGGUUGUUAAAUUUGACAUUUAUUUUACUAGCAACAAAAAUUCCAACAGUCAUGAAUUAGUUCACACGUUUCUUUUAGUGAAAUACUAGAUGAAUCACACUUGAUUUUGUUCUUCGAAACCUAUCAACCGUGAAUCUGCGGACCUACGAUUAAGGGCGUCCCAGCUAUUAGAAAAAUAGAUUCUUGAGGUGGGUGAAUUUAGUAAUCUCUUGUAAGCAUUCUGGCUAUGUCCCUAGUCCGAAAAUAAUUUCCAGUCCCCGAAUCCAUACAAGGGGAUAUAGAUACUGUCCUUUCAUUGAUAAUCCAUUACAAAAAAUAAAUUUAAUAUGAAGUCACUGCAGGUUGAAGAUGCCAUUUGAUUCCGUCAGAAACAAGAAAUGAGAUUUUUUUAAAAUCAAAGAAUGAUGAAAUUCAUUAUUCAAAAAGUUUGUCAUGGUUCAGCACGAUGUGGAGUUUUAAGUCAGUUUGGACAAAAUGCUGAACAAAUUCUCGAAACCCCAUUAUGUAUGUUGUAUACACGAGGAGGUAGCACACCUCACAUUUCUGGAGAUAUUUUAAAUUACAUGAAGAACAUUCCUGGAUUAAUUCAAAUACCUUUCAGUCACUUUGUUGAACAUCAGGAAACAUUAGAAUAUUUUGGCAAAGGCAUAAGACAGUUUGCUUCACUGAAAAAUGGUUUUAUAUACACUUCAGUUCAAGAUCCUGCUGCAGAAGUUCCAUCUGGUUACAAUGAUAAAAAUGGUGUAGCAGUUUGGAGUAAAGGUGGAAAAACAAUGGUUGAUGUUGAGUUUUUUAUGAAAUCAAUGGAAGCUAUGAUGCCAGAUUUUUACCAAGCCCUCAGUGAUGGUGACACUGAACAGAGUAGCACUGCUAAACGCACCAAGAAAUCUGUGGAUAGAACUUUAGAUUUUUUAGAUGAAAUCUUACAAAUCCACAAUAAGUCACCAAAAUUGAAAAAUACAGCUGUCUUUGGUGUAAUUGAAGGUGGCUUUUUGAAGAGGGAACGAGAAAGAUCAGCAAAAAAUACAGCAGCUAGAGCUGUUCAAGGUGACAUUCUGGACAACUGGUUGUGGUGCAUCCUUCAGUGCAGAUGUGUCGCGUCAGGUGACUUUCCAAAAGGUUUUGUGCUAGAAGGGCUGCAUCGCUCUGGUGUUACAUCUGAAAGUGUUACAACUGAGAAAAUGAAUGAAGUCUUAAGUCAUGUGAUUAACAAUUUACCUGAAGACAAACCUCGCCUAAUGCAGUCAUUGUGGACACCUGCAAAAGUGUUAGAAGCUGUUGAACAAGGAAUUGAUAUAUUCGACAGUUCAUAUCCAUAUCUAGCCACAGAAAGGGGAGCAGCCUUGGUUUUCAGUUUUCAGUCUACUAAAUCUUUGAAAGAGUCUAACAACAGAGCUGGUUUGAAAUCAUUUGAAAUAGCUCUUUCAGACCCAGAUUAUGCUGAAGAUUUCUCACCAAUCUUGGACAAUUGCACCUGUUAUUCAUGUACCAAUUUUACAAGAGCCUACAUCAAUCACCUCUUAAAGACUUCUGAAAUACUAGCUCGUGUUCUGCUCAUGCUCCACAACUUCAGUCAUUAUUUCGGUUACUUUGAGGCAAUACGUCAGGCUCUAAAAGACAAUGCAUUUCUUCAGCUCAAAGCACUCAUCCAAGAACAGGCAUCAAUGUUAGACAAAGAAUAAACAAAACUAUGUUAAAUAAAUAUUUUGUUCUUAAAAUA